UCGAUAAGUCCGCGGUCACACUGGAAGCCAAUGUUUACUACAAAAUUUGCCAUUUAUUUAAUUUUGAGUUUAAAUUAGUUUAGGCUAUAAGUUCAACAUGCCCAUCUUGGUCAAAACACAAUCGGCUGGCACUGGCGAUUGGGCAAUUGUGGAGCUGCAAGGCGAUCUGGAAGUAAGAAAUGAUCAGGAUAUGCAUGAUCAGUUCAUUGGAGAUCUUUACUACAACAAAUAUGGCCAACCGAUUCUCAUCAUAGGCCACCACAUACUGCAGGGACGCGAACAGAAGCUGGAUAAGCCAUUCGCUGUGCUAGAAAAAUCGAAAACCAAUGAGGGACAGCGCCUCUUGGACAGCAGCCAGGUGGCCACGCAAGAUUUGAGCCUUUUAAAUGCCACCUCUGGUGCAGAACGCACCGUCCUGGAUCACACCAUUGCCCAAGAGCACAAAAGUCGCCAGCGUACAGAGUAUACAGUGCGUGCAGUUUGCACCAAAAAGUUAAUCUUCAAGUCACGACCGAAGCCCAUUAUAGCCAAUGUGGCCAAGACUGUUUGAGUGCUUAAUAGAUACGAAUUUAGUUUUCCUUUAUGACUAUACGAUUCCAUAGAUGUGCUUAAGUUUUUGUCUACAAUUAAACGAUUUCCAUUUCACGUUCGA